CAGCGGGUAUUAUACCUGUGUCACCGAGGAGGAGGAGAUCUCAGAGGCUCCAGCCUGCUGUGAGGGCAAAACCGAGCUUUGUUUAUUUUAUUGUAUAUUAUAUUUCCCCUCUUUAACGCUGUUCCUCUGAAUCGUCUCUCGCUGGUCUGCGAUGAAGCUCGUUAAAGGGUGUUAAAGGGUUCUCCAUGGGGAGCGCGUGAGGAGCGGGCCCGGAGAACGUUGGAGAACAUCUGGAGAACGUCCUGCGCCCUCGAGAAGGUCGUAGAACCAUGAAAAACUGCGAGUACCAGCAGAUAGAUCCUCAGGCACUGGCGACACCCACUCCCACACCCACUCCCACUCCAGCACCGACUCCCUCUGCCCGAGCCUGCCCGGAGAAGAAGCCCCGGCGCCCGCAGAGGAAAUGGGAAGUGUUCCCCGGCAAGAACCGCUUCUACUGCGACGGGAGGAUCAUCGUGGCCCGGCAGAGCGGAGUCCUCCCCCUCACCCUGGGUCUCAUCCUGGUCACCAGUGGGCUCUUCUUCAUAUUCGACUGCCCUUUCCUGGUGAAACACCUGACCGGCUUCAUCCCCGUGAUCGGAGGAGUCCUCUUCGUGUUUGUGGUCAUCUCUCUUCUUCAGACCAGCUUCACUGACCCAGGCAUUCUGCCCAGGGCGACGCCGGAGGAGGCCGCCGACAUCGAGAAGCAGAUCGACAACCCCACCGGCUCCUCAUCCUCCUACCGGCCCCCCCCUCGCACCAAAGAGGUCGUCAUCAACCAGCAGGUGGUUAAACUGAAGUACUGCUUCACCUGCAAGAUCUUCCGGCCGCCGCGCACCUCCCACUGCAGCCUGUGUGACAACUGCGUGGAGCGGUUUGACCACCACUGCCCCUGGGUGGGGAACUGCGUGGGAAAGCGCAACUAUCGCUUCUUCUACACGUUCAUCGUCUCACUGUCCUUCCUCACCGCCUUCAUCUUCGGCUGUGUGACCACACACCUCGCUCUGAGAUCACAGGGAGGAAACGGGCUGGUGUUUGCGCUCCAGGAAAGUCCUGCCAGUGCUUUGGAGCUGGUGGUCUGCUUCUUUUCAGUGUGGUCUAUUUUGGGCCUCUCAGGUUUCCACACAUACCUACUCGCUGCUAAUCUCACUACAAACGAAGACAUUAAAGGUUCUUGGUCGGGGAAGAGUGGGAACGAGGAGACGGGGAACCCUUACAGUUAUAACAGCAUAUUUAAAAACUGCUGUUCGGUUCUCUGUGGGCCGAUUCCUCCGAGUUUGAUCGACAGAAGAGGCUUUGUUCCCUCGGAGGACGGCGCUGAGAUCGGCCCGGCGGAGAACGAGCUUCCUGCUGCUAAAAACGACAUCAACAUGUGCACCCAGGGGACCAAAGGCCUGCUGGAGACGGCCACUCGCUCUCCUUUCCUCUCCAGCCCCUGUCCUCAAGCCAAGGCCCAGGCCAUACCCCCGCCAGCACUGGACGCUCUGCCAAGCAUCACUCCCUCUCCCUCUUCUGGUCCAGGUCCUGCUCCGGAACAGCCUAAGGUGUCCAGGGAGCGUCCAGCAGCCACCACACCCCACAGGCACCACUCUCAUCACAGAAGCAGGAGCAAACGAACCGCACCGCAAGCCCAUAACCCGGCCCAUGACUCAAAUCCUCCCGCCUCGCCAGGGCCGAGGCGCAGCCACAGCUCGAGGAGCCGGAAAGACUCCAAAACUCGAGACCCAAAGUUCACACCUCUGCACUGAUCACCACAACAGUAUUCGUCUCAGAGCUCCUGUGAAUAGGGAACAAAACUCUCUCUGUCACAGCGACUUUUAGAAAAAGAUGCUGCAGGUCAGAUGUUUUCACGUAGAGCUUCAGUUGUGCCAGUGAUUUACAAUGCUCCAAAAAAACCCUCCUCAGGAGGCACGUCUAAUGAAGACACGGGUUCAACUCGAGUUAUUCACAGAUUUGACUGAUCUGCUUCUCAGCAGGACAGAAGCAGUGGAUGUUCUGGACGUUAAAUGGACCACAGCCAUCACGUCCACUGUCAGCGCCAAUCAGCAUGUGCCAAACCGGCUGGGGAUCAACAUGCUUUAUUUGAACAGCAAUAAUUUUACAAUGUCCUGUACAUGGAAUGAGCUCUGGGAUCCACUAAUCAGGCCUUUGAGGCCACAUCUGGGAUACAUUGGUCAGGCCUGACUGAGCCAAGGCCGGCCUCCUUUAUGCAAAUAACAGUGCAUGCCUGGAAAAUGUAGCUCACACCUGAUGAUUCAUCCCUCACAGUUCAUGACGGGGAAAAAGUAUUUCAGAGUAAAGGUUCCCCUGUUCUCCGUACAGACCUCACCUUCAGGGCUUGUGUUUGUGAUUUGUCCAUGGAUUAUAAGCGUUUAGGGAUAAAAGGGUGACCAUCAUUCAGGACAUAAUGAGUUAAACACACUGGAGCGUCCAGGGAUCUGUUACACAACGCAUGGUCAGCUAAGUCAGUCAGAAGGCUAUCUCUAAUUGGUCAGAAAGCAGUCUCUGAUUGGUCAGAAGGCUGUCCCUGAUUGGUCAGAAGGCUGUCCCUGAUUGGUCAGAAGGCAGUCCCUGAUUGGUCAGAAGGCUGUCCCUAAUUGGUUAGAAGGCUGUCCCUAAUUGGUCAGAAGGCUGUUCCUGAUCAGUCAGAAAGCAGUCCCUAAUUGGUCAGAAGGUUGUCCCUGAUUGGUCA